UCGGCACAGCAGUCGCGGUUCAACUCUCGUGUGGCAAGCGUCAGGCGUGCGAAAAGCGCGUUAAGCGCAUUAUUCAUACGCGACCAGAACAAAAUUAAUGUUGUUUUUUUUUUUCUUUUCCCCCUUGUAACGGUCACUCGAGUGACCAUUGUUGGUCUGUUUAAAAGAAUUCGUGAAAUUUUCAUUACGGUGAGAUAGAAAUUUCAACGAAAAGAGAGUGCGCUCCGCGUGUGGAACGUAAACGUUACCGUGCGAGCGAUAUCAAAUGAAAAAGGAGCGUUUAACGUUCACAGAAAGAGUACGGUCUUUUAAAAGAUCGAGGCGAUUUCGUAAGGAGAGUAACCGGUGUGUAAGAAGACGAAGUCGGAGUUUUUUGAAUCGGAGAUCGAAGUCUGACGAAAGAACAAGUGAAAACGUAAACAAGUUGUGCGCGUGCAUCACGACAUGUACGUCAUCUGUGCUCGUUUGUGAACGGCAAGUGUUCUCCGGAUAUCGUUGACAUCCAUCGAUCAUUCGUCUUCGAAUUUCAUAGUGUAACGAAUCCCAUCGAGAAUUGAAAAGUAAAGUGAACAACCGGAUUGUUCGAUUUUCAAGAAUAAUGAAAAUUAUUUAAACGGUAAAAUAAUGCUGAUAUCGUCGUACGAUGAAGAAUUGAAACCUUGAAGUAAGUCGUACGAGAUUGGAGCGGGAAGUUGCGGUAAAAGCAUACGCAGUUGUUCGCCGUAUAUAUUAAUCAGCUGUUCCUUCAACGAACCGUGCGCGCUGCACCGAUUCCGACUCCGAUUGAUCCAAUCGAACCGCUCGGCGUAAUCGAAAGAUCGUGAAACGAUGCGGUAGACGGGUACGAUAUCAAAUCGAAGGGAACAGCAACAAAUACCGGUCGUUCACCUAACCGUGCAGACGAGAACCAGUCUCUCGUUCGUUUACCGUCCAGUGUUAACAAUUAGUGCCACGUCUUCGAGCGAUCGGUUCGAUCGAUCACUGAACAUCCUUUACGACUAAUUCUAAGCGUUCGUCCGUCACGAAAUGAUCCGCGUGAAAUCGGACGCGUUGCGUUUGGCUUUUCCGUUGUUGGCGAUAGUUUGAAGGAAAAAGAGGUUGUCCCAGUGUUUUUCGAGCACGACCACGUGGGUGAGUAUCGGAACGAAUUUGCUCCGAAAGUUCGGUUCGUUACGUGGGAGCUAUUACACGAGAGGAGAGUAGCGGCGAGUUCAGUCAUCGUACGAAUUCCAGCGCGGCGGAAGUGACGAUACUCGCCGCUUCCUCGAACUUGUGUCUGUGAAACACGCGUGGGGCGUGUGGUUGCGCGUGUGCUGCGUCCGGAGCCCGGACGUCGUCGUCGGGCCGCGCACAGCCUCGAAUCGGACACGGACAAACAGAAGAGAAGAGAAGAGAAGAGAAGAGAAGAGAAGAGAAGAGAAGAGAACGGAACGAAACGGAACGGGUCGCUGGUGGAGGGUAACGGUGACCAAUAGAAAAAGAAAAAGUGUAUCAAGGAAAGGAAGAAGGAUGCAGCCGUGGCGAAGAAUCGCGAUCCACUACUGUUGUUGUUGCCGGAGGACGAUCGAACAACGUCCUGCGAGACGCACGGUCGGUCCUUGAAGGACAACCGGCCGUUUUUCGUCUCCGGAGGAUGGAUUGCUCUCGAAGAAACGAGUUGUACGAGAGACGAGCAGCGGUUCGUUCUUACAUGACGACCACGCUGUCUUAUGAACCUGAUUGUCUCACUUGGUCGAGGCGCCUCGCCACGCUCAGCGCACGAUUAUGCAGCUGAAGAAAGCUAUGCUUAAGAUUUUCGAUCAAUUAGGCCUGCACUUGCGGAGCAUCGAAGAGCCGAGGAUGACGGCGGAGACGGCAGCUCCUUGUGUGCAGGGGAUGCAAGGGGUGCAGACCGUUAUGUCAGGGCAGGGCACGUUGCAACAAGUGCAAGAUGGAAAGUCCACCGGUGGUGGUUACUAUUGUUCCACUUCUGCCGUUUACGACCCGGAAUACGCCCGCAUGGAAGCUUGGCUCGACGAACAUCCUGAUUUCGUCAGUGACUACUUUCUAAGGAAAGUGACGAGACAGACAGUGGACAUGUGGCUGGUAUCACACGCGACUCCAACAUCAUCGUCGAGCAGCUGCAUGGAACUGUCGAGUCCGACUCAUACGGGUGGUACAUCGUCUUCUGGUCGGGGUGGUUCUGGUGGAUCAGGCGCUACCACUCCCGUUCGAAAGAUCUCGGCUCAUGAAUUCGAACGCGGUGGUUUGCUGAAACCGAUCGUUAACACGAUCGACGGGACCCCGACCUUCCUGAGCGUGUCACCCGGUGAUUCCGGCCAACCGGGUGUUCAGCAGGUCGGUUCUGGAAAUUCGAACAGACCUCAAAGACGAUCCAGACACGAACUCAGGCAUCUUGACGAAAAGGAUCUCAUCUUUGAAUUGGUUAAAGACAUCUGUAACGAACUAGACGUGAGGUCGUUGUGUCACAAGAUCUUGCAGAAUGUGAGCACCCUGUUGCACGCGGAUCGUGGCUCGCUGUUUCUCGUACAGGGCGAAAGAGGUGGUGGUUGCAUGCCUUCAUCGCAAAAUCAUGAUACCUCGUCGAAUAAUACGAGUGGCAACGCGAACCUAAAUAAAACGGGGAACGGGAACUCGGGACAACGUGGUGGCACGGGAUACUCGAGGAGCAGAUGCCUGGUCUCGAAGUUGUUUGAUGUGUGUUCAAGGUCGACGUUACUCGAGAUGGAGAAGAAAGACGAGAUCAAAAUUCCCUGGGGCACGGGAAUUGUCGGAUACGUCGCUGAAAGUGGAGAACCUGUUAACAUACCAGAUGCUUACAAGGACUCGAGGUUCAAUCGUGAAAUCGAUGCAUUAACAGGGUAUAGAACAAGAGCCCUAUUAUGUAUGCCAAUAAAGGACUGUAACGGAGAUGUGAUCGGUGUUGCCCAAGUGAUUAACAAACUCGGUGGUGAAGGACAAUUCACCUCGCAAGAUGAGAAAGUUUUCGCUGGUUAUUUGCAAUUUUGUGGAAUUGGAUUGAGGAAUGCACAAUUGUACGAAAAGAGUCAAUUGGAAGUGAAAAGAAAUCAGGUACUUUUGGAUUUGGCUAGAAUGAUUUUCGAAGAACAGAGCACAAUAGAACACAUGGUGUUGCGAAUAUUAACGCACACCCAAUCAUUGAUACAGUGUCAACGGGUACAGGUUCUCCUCGUGCACAAAGCAUCGAAGGGUAGUUUUUCAAGGGUAUUCGAUUUCGAGGCGAACGAUCUUACUGGCGAGGAUUCCGAUUCUCGCACUAGAAACCUUACAUGUAUUCGGUUUUGUUCAUGCAGUCCAUUCGAGAGUAGAUUCCCUAUAAAUGUUGGCAUCACUGGUUACGUUGCUACAACUGGUGAGACGGUAAACAUACCGAAUGCCUACGAGGAUCCAAGGUUCGACCCUUCGGUUGACGAUGGUACCGGUUUUAGGCAUCGUACCAUACUUUGUAUGCCCAUCAAGAACUCAUCGGGUCAGAUCAUCGGCGUCAUUCAACUGAUCAACAAGUUCAACGACCUUGCCUUUACAAAAAAUGACGAGAAUUUCGUCGAAGCUUUCGCUAUUUUUUGUGGCAUGGGCAUUCAUAAUACGCACAUGUACGAAAAAGCUGUGAUAGCAAUGGCCAAACAGAGCGUCACGUUAGAAGUAUUGAGUUACCAUGCUUCGGCAUCGUUAGAAGAUGCGCAAAGACUACGAGGCUUAAGAGUGCCUUCAUCAGCGAAUUUUCAAUUGCACGAUUUUAAGUUUGACGACAUUUACAUGGAAGACGACGAAACAUUAACAGCCUGUCUUCGCAUGUUUUUGGAUCUCGACUUUGUCGAACGUUUUCAUAUCGAUUACGACGUACUUUGUCGUUGGCUUCUAAGUGUAAAGAAGAAUUACAGAAAUGUUACCUAUCACAAUUGGCGUCACGCAUUUAACGUCGCUCAAAUGAUGUUCGCUAUUUUAACUGCCACACAAUGGUGGAAAAUUUUUGGGGAGAUCGAAUGCCUUGCGCUGAUUAUCGCUUGUUUGUGUCACGAUCUAGAUCAUCGAGGCACAAAUAACUCUUUCCAAAUUAAAGCAUCGUCACCGCUCGCGCAACUCUAUUCGACAUCGACGAUGGAGCAUCAUCAUUUUGAUCAGUGUCUGAUGAUACUGAGUAGUCAAGGGAACCAAAUCCUGUCGAAUUUAUCGCCUGAAGAAUAUUCUCGCGUGGUAAAAGUUCUCGAAGAGGCGAUCCUCUCUACCGACCUAGCGGUAUACUUCCGGAAAAGGGGUGCUUUCCUUAGUUUAGCCAGGGGUGGUGAUUACAAUUGGGCUUAUAGCGAUCAUCGGGAACUUCUACGAGGAAUGUUAAUGACCGUCUGCGAUCUGGCGGCUAUAACGAAACCUUGGGAUGUCGAGAAAAGGGUAGCAGAAUUAGUCAGUAGCGAGUUCUUCGAACAAGGGGACAUUGAAAGGCGGACCCUCAAUAUCACUCCCAUUGACAUUAUGAAUCGAGAAAAGGAAGAUCAGCUACCAAUUAUGCAAGUUGGCUUCAUCGAUUCGAUCUGCCUUCCUAUUUACGAGGCAUUUGCUUUAUUAUCGGAUAAGUUGGAACCAUUGGUCGAAGGUGUGCGUAAGAAUAAACAACACUGGCUCGAGGUCGCUGAAUCCAGAUGUAAGAUGGAAAACUGUACAAAUCACGAUAGGACGCCGCCGAUGUCCGAUGACGAAGUAGCCAGUGAGCAGGCGGACCAAUAAUCAUUCUUACCGAAACGAUAGAACAUAAGUAAUAAUAUCGGAUAAAUAGAAGCUAAUCCAUGGAUUAUAGUUUUUGCCUGUUUUUCGGAACAAAAGAAAUCUAUGGAGGCAGGUGUUCGCCAUCACAGUAUAUUCUUUCAGCUGUGCACCUUUGUCUCGAUUCUACAGGGUGUUCCUGCGACCCGCUGACAGAACCGGAAAUGGAAUAAAUCUACCUGAGAAAGUAAGUCGGAGAUGUGGAGUGAGAUUUUUUCGUAUUUUAAAAAAUUAUCACAGCGUAUCCUGGUGUUGGCGGGAAGAACUAAAAAUUAAUAUAUCUUUUGCGCUCCCUAUCGGCAAAAUCAAAAAGCUCAUUUGGUGCGCCUGAUACUAGAUAGCGCCACAUGUUUACCGCGGUUUUUCUUUUAAAAUACAAAAAUUUCAAUAAUCCUACAUUUUCGACUUACUUUUUUAGGUAGAUUCACCCCUUUUUCUGAGAUGCCAUCAAGUCGAAAACACGCUGUAUAUAGGUAUUACAAACAUCAUGAAUUAUAAUUUAUUCAUUUUUAUACUGAUCGUUGAGAAACAUUCUUGGUAUUAAUCAUUCGUGAUUGCAAUUGCAGGAAGAAAUAGUAAAUAUUUUUUUUUUUUUAAUUAUUGAGGAACCAAUUUUGAUUGUUUUCUUUGGUGUCACACAAAGUUUAAGUUUAACUCGUAACUGGUAUGAGAUCAAAAAAUUUAAUGAAGUACGUUGUUUUUAGCAGUUAGCACAACUUAUACAAUUAAAUUUCUACUUUUUUUUUUUAAAGAAAUUAUUAAGAUCUAAUAGAUUCAAUCUUACCAGAUACGGGUUAACAACUUGUUCCAAUACUCGAACGUCUUAAAGAUGGGAAGAAAGGAAUAUUAUCAUAUACAUGGAGGCUUGAAGGUAAUUACGUUUAAGACGAUCGAGGAACUUCGUCCUCUCUUUAGUAAUAAAAUAGAUCACCCCUUAGAUGCUACUCUUGUACCUGAUCGUAUUAUACGUAUACUUAUUAUGGCAGAUCUUUGAUGUUUAGAGAGGACGAAGAAGAACAAGACAAAAGCUAUGAAAAAUGAAAAAAAAAAAAAAGAACCACCAGAAGGAGUCACAACAAAGUCGAUCUUCCUUUUGUACACGAUGCUCAUUACAAAUUGAAGACCUGGAUCAUUUUCAACAGAAGCAUCAUUUUUUUUUGUAAUAAAAUUGCCUAUUGUUUUAGGUGGACCUUCAAAACAUUCUGCAUAAAAUUUGUAAAAAUUAUUCGAAGUUCAGAAGUGAGAUAUUUGAGAAGAACGUUUGAUGUUCGAGUCAUCUAGGUCUUCAAUUAACGAAACGAAUGAUUCCUGAAUAAUUCAUGUAUACAGGUAAAGGAAAAAAAAAGCUCUGUCUUCUUAGAAUCGCGAUUUAUAUGAAAAUUUUCUCCAUUAGUGCGGAGAGAAACUCGUUCGACUAUAAAUCGAAUCGUGUUUGUAAUUUAUAUAUAAUAUAUUCGUGGAAAACCAAAGUGCACAUUUUACACAUCAAGGUUAAUCGUGAUCUUUAUUGCUUAAAUAUGACAAUGAUUUUAAUUGUCUGUUGUGCGUGCUGAUUAUUAUAUAAUUAGUAGUUCAACGGGGGGAUGUAAUUAAAGUUUCCCCGUUGUUUAUCUUGCUUAUCAUUAAUGUUUUUUUGUAACAUACAUUUAGACUCGAAUUAUCGUUUUUUCUUCGCACAGAAUCAUACAGAUCAAAAAAGGAAAAAAAAGAUACGCCUUUAAAUUCGACAGAAACAUAUCAUUAUUGAUAAUUUGCAUAAGAUGAUCGUUUAAAAAUAUUAUGAUUAAGGGACGACGUGUCUUGAUUCAUUUGAUCACGGAAAGAAAAAGAUACAUAUGUUCGUUGAAAAGCAAACCGAAAGAUAUUUGUAAGUUAUAAGUUACGUCAUACAGUAUAUAACUAUAGCUGUGACUUUGAAUUUAUAGCUAUAAUUGUAGCUUUAAUUAUAAUUAUAGCUAUAUAAUUAAACCCUAUAAAUAUCUUUCGUUGCAUUUUCAUCGCUGGUGUAUCAUAUUACUUAAAAAAUCAAAGUAUCUUCUUGAAAGAUAUUUUAUUUCACAAAUUGUGUAUGCCUACAUUGAUCCCAAUUAAUAGAAUGAUAGAUCAGCAGUUUUGUUCGCGUGUGAUUUGUUACUUAUAACGAUAGCUCGUAUCUCUUAUAUGUUCCUUUAUCAUUGUUCGAGUGUCCUUGUAUUGUAUUCUUUUUUUUUUUUAAAUCGUCAAUAGAUUCUUGUAAAUUUUCAUUGACUUCGUAAUGGGAGAGAGGGUGUAAAAAGUAUGAUAAAUAAUAAUUUUUCUGUAUGACUGUCAAAUCGAAUGAAUGAUUUUUUGAUUGAUCGGUUGAGAAUAACGGUGUUGUGUACAGUUUUUCGUGUAAAUUAUUGAUACGACGAUGUUUUAGGGUGUAUGCCGUUUAAUAUUACGAUUUAACAUACGAUAUGAGAGUCAUAUAUUAUAUCAAACAAUAUCUAAUAUAUUAAAGCGAAACUAAAUUAUGUGAUACACGUA